CGGAGAGGAGCAGCCAAAGGAGAGAGGAAGAGGAGGACCUCGGUGUCUAGUUUCAGAUUUUUUUUCCAUUAAAUAAACGUGACUCUACGGAGCUUCCUCUAGUCGCAUCUCCACCUUCGGGUCGUCUCGGAUUAGCUGGUAAUUUUUUGGUCGACACUUCGGGUUUGGGUCACGCAUCUCCGAGGCUAUGAGCCGUCCGAAGCUGCAUCGGUACGUCGCUGUCCAGGGUCCUGAGUGAGACGACGGACGACCACGAAGCCGCAAGUUGAAGAGCUCAGAAGCCAUGGAGUUGAGGGUGGGGAACAAGUACCGCCUUGGGAGGAAGAUAGGGAGUGGAUCCUUUGGAGAUAUUUAUCUCGGGUCAAACAUUGCUACAGGAGAGGAAGUAGCCAUUAAACUGGAAUGUGUGAAGACCAAACAUCCACAGCUCCACAUCGAGAGCAAAUUCUACAAAAUGAUGCAGGGUGGAGUGGGAAUCCCGGCUAUCAAGUGGUGUGGAGCGGAAGGCGACUACAACGUCAUGGUGAUGGAGCUGCUGGGUCCCAGUCUGGAGGACCUGUUCAACUUCUGCUCCCGCAAGUUCAGCCUGAAGACAGUCCUGCUGCUGGCAGACCAGAUGAUCAGCAGAAUCGAGUACAUCCACUCCAAGAACUUUAUCCACAGAGACGUGAAGCCCGAUAACUUCCUGAUGGGGCUCGGGAAGAAGGGAAACCUGGUCUACAUCAUCGAUUUUGGCCUGGCCAAGAAAUACCGUGACGCCCGGACACACCAGCACAUCCCUUACCGUGAGAAUAAAAACCUAACCGGCACCGCCCGCUACGCCUCCAUUAACACCCAUCUGGGCAUCGAGCAGUCGAGACGUGAUGACCUGGAGUCUCUGGGCUAUGUUCUCAUGUACUUCAACCUGGGCUCUCUGCCAUGGCAAGGACUCAAGGCUGCCACCAAGCGGCAGAAGUAUGAACGUAUCAGUGAGAAGAAAAUGUCCACCCCUAUCGAGGUGCUGUGCAAAGGUUACCCAUCUGAGUUCUCCACGUAUCUGAACCUGUGUCGCUCCCUACGGUUUGAUGACAAGCCAGACUACUCUUAUCUAAGGCAGCUCUUCAGGAACCUUUUCCACCGACAAGGCUUCUCCUACGACUAUGUCUUUGACUGGAACAUGCUGAAGUUUGGGGCCGGCAGGACAACAGACGAUGGCGAAAGGGAGAGGAGAGAGGGGAAAGAUGGAGAGGAAAGACCAGGAGGAGGCCAAAGAGGAGCGGGAGGUCGAGCUUUGCCACCGGGUCCAAACCCUUCUGCAGCCAACAGAGUGAGGAACGAGGCAGACGCUGCUCCUCCUAACCCAGCUACGCGUGGGGUCCAGCAGUCAGGUAAUCGCUCUCCUCAGGCUGGGAGAGCAGAGCGAGCUGAGCGAGAGAGGAAGGUGGCCAUGAGGCUUCAUCGCGGGGCCCCGGCUAAUGUCUCCUCCUCCGAUCUCACUGCACGCCUCGACCAAUCACGCAUCACCACAUCACAGGUCAGUGUGCCAUUUGAACACCUGGCAAAGUGAGUUCCUUCUCCCUGGCCUGCAAGUCAGUGGCAGCAGCUGCAGGGUAUCAAAUACCCCUUACUUUUCAAAUGGAUGAAUGAAAACAUGAGUGACUGCAGGAGGAGAAAGCAUUACAGGCCCUUAAAGGGGGAUCGAUCGUCCGUGUGUCUGUCAGUAUGCGGUGUGAGCAUGCCCAGUGUUAAAGCUUGCUGAGAUGAUGGAAAACCAGUGGGACAGACGAACUCUAGGCUGGAACCGUUUGAUACUGCUUUUCAGAGAGUGUUGCCGGACGGGGGUCGACUCGGUCAAUUCAGAGGCUCAACUCAACUCGCAUAAAAUAAACCAUCAAAGUGCA